GUCUAGGAUGGAUACAGCUAUUGUCAACAUGUACUUUUUGUAGCAGAUUUAGAAUAAUUUAUUACGCAGUUUAGGAUAAUUAACGCAUCAGAUUAGGAUUAUUAGGUUAAGGCUAGGAAAAGAGGUAGGUUUAGCUGAUAUUCAAAACAUGUCAAUAAUAUACUUUUAUCGACAAUUUGACAAAAGCUGUAUCCCAUCUAGGCAUGACCUUGUUUAGCUGGCUAACUAGCUAUUUGUCCUGUAUUUUUAAACGUUUUCUAAUUUUAGCAGCCCGGUUUAUUAACCCGAAUAUUUGGUCUCGGGAAUAAAACAGUAGCACCGAUGACCGACUGCGAGGGACUUCAAGACGUUUCAUGUAGUUUUUACUGUUGAAUAAUAUGGAGGUAGUGGACAGUCCUCUUAACCUCGCCCAUCAGCAGUCCAGGAAGGCAGACCGCUUGUUGGCAGCUGGUAAAUAUGAAGAAGCUAUUUCCUGCCAUGGGAAAGCUGCAGAGCUGCUGAGGGAAGCCAUGAAGUUAACAGAGUGUGAACAGGCUGGUUUGUCCAUGGCGCUCCAGAGAGACAGCCACGUGAAGCAGCAGCGUCUUAUUGAGGAGAAGUGGAAGAGGACCAGACAGGAGAGCAAUCCCAUGGUCCUCCUGAGCCAGCCCCCCGGCCUCGUGACCAACGAGUCCCCCCGCCACCCAGAGAGGGAGUACGACACCUGGCUGUACCUCCUGAAGAACAAGGGCUCCCCCCCUCCCCCCACACCCUGCCCCGGCAGCAAGGCCCACAAGGAUGAUAAGACCCGUCUGGAGGAGCAGCAGACCACCAUCGCCAGCCUGCGGCGCCACAUAGACAUUCUGCUGGGAGAGAACGAGAAACUGACCCAGGACAACGAGCGCCUGCGAGGGGAGAACAUCCGACUGAAGAGGGAUGCAGCGGACACAGACUUACUGGAGAAAUCAGAGCUGUGGGUUCUUCCCCAGUCAGAGGAGAGGAGGAACAAGGACAUCUCCAUACCUAACCUGCCCCCUCUGGAGAUGCCCACCCAGGACAUCUCUCUGGACGACCUGCCUGCCCUGGAGCUCCCCGAGGACAUCCAGCACGAACUGCAGGCGCUGCUGGACAGAGACGACAAGCUGUGAUGAGACAGGCGGACAGACAGCCCAGUACUAACUAACUAAAGGACGCCUCUCUACAGAGAGACGGUCCAGACUGGACUGGAAGAAAGCUGGCAAAUCUCAAUAAAAGUGUUUGAUUGGUCGGUGGCCUCAGGCACUAGAUAGCAACCACAAAUGGUCACCGUGACAAGUUGGUAAAGGUCAUUUCUCCUAAUUCUGUCUGUCUCCUCAGUGUCUCUACUAGUGGGUACUACAUCUCGUACACACACACACACACACACACACACACACA